CCCCCCGCGCCCCCCCCAGGUGAAUGGAGGGCCCCUACCCCCCAUCAGAGGCUACGUUGGUGGGGUCAUCAGAGGGUCAGGUCAGCCGGCAGGGGUCAGAGGCGGGGUCACGAGAGGGAACGUGUAUUAAGAGCAGGUCUAUCCGCGUGAGACUGGCCGCCCUUGUGUUCGUCCUGCAGCAGGUUGUUAAGGAAGGCGCCCACACCCACCUGGCACGCCCAUCCACCUACGCCCACCUGUCCGCCUCCUUGCACCUCGCACGCCCCCACCUUUACCUGAUUGGCCUGUUGACGCAUGCAGGUCCUCUCCUGACCGGGCUCCUGGUGGGUGUGGCGUGCGCGCGCGGGCACAGGGCGAGGUGGGCGGCGGUGGGGCAGGGGGUGGCCGCCCUUGCUGCCCUUAUGACGGCUGCCACCGCCCUCAGUGCCACGCCCACGCCGCAGGCCUCCAGGUACUGCAAUGUAAACAGACUGAUGGCCCUAGCAACGGACCCCGAUAACGCGGCCCUAGCAACGCAGGACCCCGCUAGUACGUCCUGCCUGCUACCUGACACUGUGGUGGUGGUGGUGUGGGUGGUGGCUUCACUGAUUACAGGUGUGGGCGUAUCUACAGGGUACAUUCUUGGCUUCCCUUACAUAGAUGAUGGAGUAAAGAGAGAGGAAGCGCCGAUGUAUUUAGCCGUCCUCGUCACUUCCGGCGCGUUCGGGAAGGUGAUUGGUGAGUGGCUGGGCAGUGUAAGCCAAUCAGAUCCCGAGUUUGCAGGUGCGUGGUGGGCGGGUCAGCUAGUGUGGGCGGCUUCCUGGCUCACUCUUGCCGCCAUUACUCUCACUCUUCCAAGAAACCUUAGUCCCGAAUUGAAGACGGACCGUACCGCGCCCAGCCCCGUCUUGCACCCGGGACAGUCCUCUACUGGGGCUGCCUCUGGACUACCCCGGGGUGUUGUGCUGGCCUCCCCGCCCCCCACGUUCGUCCCAGAGGAGGAAGAAGACGAGGAGGAGGAAGAGGAGGAGGAGGAGGAAGAGACAGUGGAGGAAAGAGAGUUAGGUUAUGAGACAGACGUGGAGAGAGACAGCGGUUACUCCAUGGAAGACGAGGAGGUGGUGUGGAGGGAGGAGGAGGAGGAGGAGGAGGAGGAGAGGAAGAGGAGGGAGAAGAAGGAGGAGGAGGGAGAGAAGGUUAUGAAGAAGAAGAAGAAGAAGAAGAAGAAAUUUAAUGUUGUGUGUUGUUGUACAGGGUGGUGGGGUGCAGUGCGGGGGCUGGGUGGGAAUCGUGUGCUGGGGUUGUCAGUGGGCGUGGACCUCCUGGUGGGGUGUGGUGUGGGCGCCCUCUCCUCCUGGGGGCCCGCCCUUUACCCCCACCCACCCCAGGCUGACCAGUAUUAUACAGGCAUUAGCAGCACGACCGCCAUCAUCGUGGGCGUGGGCGUGGGCGGGGUGUGGGUGGUCAGGUGUCGCCCGCGCGCACGCACCCUCGCCCUCCUCUUGGCUGUGCUGGUGGGCGUGAUGGCGGCCGCCCACGCCCCCUGGCCGCCCUCACCUGUGGGGGGAGGAGGGGCUGCCGGGGGUCCUCUCUAUGGAUGGCAGCACCCUGGCCCUGCACCGUGCCUGUAGCGAAGGGUGUUACUGUGACGCAGGGGGGCGUACCAGCCAGUGUGUGUUAGGGAUGGCCCCCUUAUGCUUCCCUAUUUUUCUCCCUGCCACGCCGGAUGCCCUCCACCCCCCUCGGCCAGCCCCUGGGGAACUGCACGUGUGGAAGUCGGGCCGCCAAGGUUACCCCCGGGCCGUGUCACCCCUGCCCCACACACCUGCUGCACACAUGUCUGUCCUGCCUCGCCGCCUCCCUCGUGCCCGUUGCCCUGCUAAUUAACCUGCUCUUGGCCCUCAGGGCUGUCAGUAAGGAAGACAAGACUGUGGCUUUGGGCCUAAAACUCUCCCUGUGGUCUUUGGGGCGCCUCGUGGGACCUCUCCUGGUGGGCGCCCUGGUGGGGGAGUCCUGCCUGGUGCGGGGGGCGGCCUGCGGGGGGCGUGGAGGGCGUGGGUGGGGGGCAGGGAGCGGCUGGAUGGAGUGCUAUUUGUAUGAAUCAUCUUUGCUUGGAUAUAUCCUUCACGGGACCUGCCUGACUGCCUAUCUGUUGGCGGCUCUCCUCUCCCUCUUCCUUGCUGGUGAGGCCGCGCGCAUAGACCUCUUCGGGGACCCACACCUCUCUCCUCACCACGGCGCCCCUAACCCUUUCUCUCGUGCACCUGAUAACUCGAUAGUGCGUAGAAGUAUUAAGAAAAUUUCAAUGAUAGCUACAUUAAAAUCUUAUACUGGUAGUUGGGAUGUUCCGCAAGAGAGAGAGAGAGGGAGAGGUAGAGAGACAGUAGGGAGGAUCAGGAAGGUAUCGGAAGAAGGAGAGAUAGAGAGAGAGAGAGAUGGGAGGUUUAAAGGGACAGAGAUGUUUAAAAGGCUGAAUGGAGAGAGUGAGGGAGCAGGUGGUGGUGGUGGUGGUGGUGGUGGUGAUGGUGCUGGUAUCAAGAGGUUGCCAAGUGUUACAUUGUUGAAGACUACUGGGGUGUGAGCAGGAGGAAGAGGAGGAGGAGGAGGAGGAGGAGAAGAAGAAGAAGAAGAAGAAGAAGAAGAAGAAGAAGAAGAAGAAGAAGAAGAAGAAGAAGAAGAAGAAGAAG